UCUCAGUCCCUCCUGCCUGCCCUCUGUGCUGUCCCUAGGAUGGGCAGCAGGAGCUGGAACUGGGCUCUGGUCUGGGCCUCUGUGGCCUUAUUCACGAUAUGGCCAACAGAGAGCCAGAGUCAGGUAGAACUGAGCUCAGAACCCCCCGAACUCACCGGAGAUGGUCAGAGAGUGUACAGUGCACCCACAUCCUCGUCCACCCAGCACGUCACCUUCAUCCCCCCCAUGACCGUCUUCCCGACCAUGAGCCCCGCAAACCUGGCGCACAAUGGGAGGGUGUGCAGCACGUGGGGUGACUUCCACUACAAGACCUUCGACGGUGACAUGUUCCACUUCCCCGGCCUCUGUAACUAUGUCUUCUCUUCACACUGCGGGGCCACCUACGAGGACUUCAACAUCCAACUGCGCCGUGGUCUUGAGGGCUCCAGGCCCGUGGUCACUCAUGUGGUCCUCAGGGCCCAGGGGCUGGUGAUUGAGCUGGCCAAUGGCUCUGUCCUGGUGGAUGGACAGCGGGUGGGGCUGCCCUACAGCCGUGCAGGUCUUCUGAUGGAGAAGACCAGUGGGUAUGUGAAGGUCAGCAUCCGGCUAGUCCUCACCUUCCUGUGGAAUGAAGACAGUGCUCUGCUGGAGCUGGACUCCAAAUAUACUAACCAGACGUGUGGGCUGUGCGGCGACUUCAACGGGCUCCCAGCUGUCAACGAGUUCUACGCCCACAACACCAGGCUGACCCCUAUACAGUUUGGAAACCUGCAGAAGCUGGAUGGUCCUACUGAGCAGUGCCAGGACACCCUGCCCUCAGCGGUCAGCAAUUGCACAGAUAGGGAGGACAUCUGUCGCCGCAUCCUGCUUGGGCCUGCCUUUGCCGAGUGUAUUGCCCUGGUAGAUGUCAACAUGUACUUGGAUGCCUGUGUCCAGGAUCUGUGCCGCUGCCCCACAUGCCCAUGCGCCACUUUUGCUGAAUAUUCCCGCCAGUGUGCCCAUGCAGGAGGCCAUCCGCAGAACUGGAGGAGUCCUGAUCUCUGCAUCUGGACAUGCCCCUUCAACAUGGAACACCAGGAGUGCAGCUCGCCCUGCGUGGAUACCUGCUCCAACCCCCAACGCUCUCAACUCUGCGAGGAUCACUGCAUGGAUGGCUGCUUCUGUCCCCCAGGCACUGUGCUGGAUGACAUCAGACACUUGGGCUGCCUGCCCCUGGAGCAGUGCCAUUGCACCCAUGGUGGCCACACUUAUGCCCCUGGAGAGUCUUUCAACACCAGUUGCAGCUCCUGCACCUGCUCUGGGGGAUUGUGGCAGUGCCAGGACCUGCCGUGCCCCGGCACCUGCUCUGUGCAAGGCGGGUCCCAUGUCUUCACCUAUGAUGAGAAACUCUACAAUGUGCAUGGGGACUGCAGCUAUGUUCUGUCCAAGAAAUGUGCAGAUAGCGGCUUCACUGUGCUGGUCGAUCUGCGAAAAUGUGGAUUGACGGAUACUGAGAACUGCCUCAAAGCAGUUACCCUCAACCUCAAUAGCGGGGACAUGGUCAUCCGGAUCCAGGCCAACGGUGCUGUGUUCCUGAACUCCAUCUUUACUCAGCUUCCCAUGUCAGCAGCCAAUGUCACCAUCUUCAGCCCAUCAUCCUUCUUCAUCGUGGUGCAGACAGGCAUGGGACUGCAGCUGCAGGUGCAGCUGGUGCCCAUCAUGCAGGUGUUUGUCAGGCUGGACCCCUCCUACCAUGGCCAGAUGUGUGGCCUGUGUGGUAACUUCAACCAGAACCAGGCUGAUGACUUCACAGCCCUCAGUGGGGUAGUGGAGGGCACAGGAGCCGCCUUCUCCAACACCUGGAAGACUCAAGCCUCCUGCCCCAAUUCUAAGAACACCUUUGAGGACCCCUGUUCGUACAGCGUGGAGACGGAGAACUAUGCCCAGAAGUGGUGUUCCAUGCUCACCGAAAGCUCAGGAGUCUUCUCGGCCUGCCAUGCCACUGUCAGCCCGGUGCCCUUCUACUCGAACUGCAUGUUUGACACGUGCAACUGUGAAGACAGCGAGGACUGCAUGUGUGCCGCCCUGUCCUCCUAUGUGCACGCCUGUGCCGCCAAGGGCGUGCUGCUCAGUGGCUGGAGGGACAAUGUCUGCUUCAAGUACAUGAACAACUGUCCCAAAACCAAGAGCUACUCCUAUGCAGUGAGCACUUGCGAGCCUACCUGCCGCUCUCUGAGUGAAGCUGACGUCACCUGUGGCAUCUCCUUUGUGCCUGUGGAUGGCUGCACCUGCCCUGAAGGCACUUUCCUGAAUGACAAGGGUCACUGUGUGCGUGAUGAGGAGUGCCCCUGCUUCUUCCAUGGAACUGUGGUGGCCCCCAGAGAGUUCGUUAUGGACAAUGGGGUGGUGUGUUCAUGUGAAAAGGGGAAGCUGACCUGUCUUGGAGCCCUGAUGCAGCAGAACACAGAGUGCCAGGCACCUAUGGUAUAUCUGGACUGUAACAACGCCUCAGUUGGUGACCAAGGGUCUGAAUGCCUCAGAAGCUGCCACACACUGGAUGUGGAAUGUUUCAGCACACACUGCGUCUCAGGCUGUGUGUGUCCCUCAGGGCUGGUAGCAGACGGGAAUGGGGGCUGCAUCGCAGAGGAGGACUGCCCCUGCAUACACAAUGAGGCCACCUAUAGACCUGGGGAGAGCAUCCGGGUAGACUGCAAUAACUGUACCUGCAAGAACCGCCGGUGGGAGUGCACUAACCAACCUUGUAUGGGUUCAUGUGUGGCCUAUGGGGAUGGCCAUUUUGUUACCUUUGAUGGUGAACGCUACAUCUUUGAAGGCAGCUGCGAGUAUACCUUGGCUCAGGACUACUGCAGAGGCAACACCAGUACUGAUGGGACCUUUCGUAUUGUCACUGAGAAUGUCCCUUGUGGGACCACAGGAACCACAUGUUCCAAGGCCAUCAAGAUCUUUGUGGAGAGCUAUGAGCUGAUUCUUCAUGAGGGUAACUUCAAGGUGGUAGAGAGAGGGCCAAGUGGGGACCCUCCAUACAAGAUCAGAUACAUGGGCAUUUUCCUGGUCACUGAGAUCCGCAGUGGGAUAGUCGUGUCCUGGGACAGGAAGACCAGUGUGUUUGUCCGACUGCAGCAGCAUUACAAGGGAAGGGUCUGUGGCCUGUGUGGGAAUUUUGACGACAACGCCAUCAAUGACUUCACCACGCGCAGCCAGUCUGUGGUGGGCGAUGUGCUGGAGUUUGGAAACAGCUGGAAGUUCUCUCCAUCCUGCCCAGAUGCCCCAGUUCCCAAGGACCCCUGCACUGCCAACCCUUACCGCAAGUCCUGGGCCCAGAAAAAGUGCAGCAUCAUCAACAGUGCGACCUUUGCCGCCUGCCACUCCCAGGUUGACUCUACCAAGUAUUACGAAGCUUGUGUGCAUGAUGUGUGUGCCUGUGACUCAGGGGGUGACUGCGAGUGUUUCUGCACUGCUGUGGCUGCCUAUGCCCAGGCCUGCCGUGAUGUGGGCGUGUGCUUGUCCUGGAGGACACCAGACAUCUGCCCUCUUUUCUGUGACUACUAUAACCCUCACGGGGAAUGUGAAUGGCAUUACCAGCCCUGUGGAGCCCCCUGUCUGAAGACCUGUCGAAACCCUGCUGGACACUGCCUUGUUGACCUGCCAGGCCUGGAAGGCUGCUACCCACAAUGCCCACCCAGUCAGCCCUUCUUCAAUGAGGACCAGAUGAAGUGUGUGGCCCAGUGUGGAUGCUAUGAUGAUGAUGGAAACUACCAUGAUAUUGGCACACAGGUCCCUACAGCAGAGAACUGCCAGAGCUGUCUCUGCACCCCUGAUGGCCUCAAGUGUGUUCACAACCUUACAGCCUGCAUAUGCACCUAUGAGGGCCGUACCUACCACUACGAUGAUGUUGUCUACAACACCACGGAUGGCCUUGGUGCAUGCUUAGUGGCCAUCUGCAAAGACAAUGGGACAAUCAUACGCACAACAGAAGAGUGCCCUGCAGUCUCGUCCACCACACCGUUCAUAUUCACCACUACCUUGGCACCCCAUACCACAACAGGCUCAGCUCCCACUGUAUCCACUGUGUCCACGGUGUGUGUCCGCGAGGUCUGCCGCUGGUCCAUUUGGUAUGAUGAGAGCCAUCCAGAGCCUGGCAUGACAGGUGGGGACUUUGAAACAUUUGAGAACCUGAGGCAGAAAGGGUACCAGGUGUGUCAAAGCCCUGCUGCCAUCCAGUGCCGUGCUGAGAAGUUCCCCAGCAUGGACUUACAGAAGCUGGGUCAGAAGGUGAACUGUGAUCCAUCCUGGGGGCUGAAAUGUCUUAACAGUGAGCAGAGUCCACCACUCUGCUACAAUUACGAGCUGAGGGUUCUGUGCUGUGAUUACGUGCCCUGUAGUUCUACCUUGACCUCAGGCACAAGCACCACUCACUCCCAACCUGAGAUCAGCAGAGAGUCCUCUUGGCCCACUCACAGUACUCAGACAGCAUCCUCAGUGUCAAAGUCCACACCCUCGUGGACCACCGAAGGGAAAGAGACAUCCCUGGAUACAAUUCACAGCUCAAGACAAACAGUGACAUUCACCUCAAAAAGGAGGGCCACUUCACAUCACAUUGGGUCCACAAACUCAGCCACCAGCCCUGUCACAUCCAGCCCAACAUCAGUAUUCACCUCACAAACAGAGUCCACUUCAAGAGCCAGCACGAUCACACACACGGUCAGCACGCUUGUGACCUCUACCACCUGCCAACCCCAAUGUCAGUGGACAGGAUGGCUUGACACAGAUUACCCCACGUCUGACAGCGAGGGAGGAGACAUUGAGACAUAUGAGAAGAUCAGGGCCACUGGGGCAGAUGUCUGUGAACAGCCUCAGGGCAUCCAGUGUGAGGCCCAGAACUACCCUGACAUGAGUUUGGACAUGUUGGGUCAGGAAGUGACAUGUGAUGUCAACUUUGGUCUGGUGUGCCGCAACAGGGACCAGAAAGGCAAAUCUGACAUGUGCUACAACUACAUGAUCCGGGUGCUGUGCUGCAGUUCCAGUUGA